AUGGAGUCCUCCGCCAAAUUGGUCUCUGAUCCUCAACCACCCAACUCCAAGAAAGCCAAAACAAACACCUCUGGUAACAGCGGCGCCUCUUCUUCAAUGGCGUCGAAGAAAGCUGCUAAUACAGAAUCCUCUGCAUCCGCCAUUGUUGCCAGAAUCUCCACUCGCCGCGGAAAAGCCAAACUCAACUCGCCUCGUGCUGAGACUCAACAACGCAAGUCCAAGAAAAGGGAAAAUGCUAAGCCAUCUGCUAAUCUGACUAGCCGUGACAAAGGCAAAGCCAAAUUGGAGUCUGAAUUGCCUUCUCAUGAUUCCGACCUGUCUAUGACAUUAGCGAAAUUAACCAUCUCUGAAAACAGGGCCUUGUUCUCUCCGGCGCCCAAGAAAAUGGCCUCCUCCAUUCUCACUCGCAGCGCCAAAGGCAAAGCAGAAAUGGAGUCUUCAACCACUGUGACUACUCGUAGCUCGGCUCGCAUUGCCAAAGGCAAAGCAAAAAUGGAGUCUAACUUGAUUUCUGCUGAGAUUCAAUCGCCACCCAAGUCCAAGAAAACGAAACUAAACAUCUCUGACUCUGAGGGUAAGUCCAAGAAAAGGGCAAAUGUGCAGACUAAAGGCAAAGCCAAAGAAGAAGAACCACCCAAGUCCAAGAAAGCCAAAACAGCCAUCUUUGACGGUAGCACCACGUCCUCUACGAUCUCGACUCGCCGUUCUAAAGGCAAAGCCAAAUUGGGUUCUGAUUCGACUGCUGCUCACCCACUACCACCUAAGUCAAACAAGGCUAAAACCACAACUUCUGGGGGCAAUUCAUCGGUUACAAUUAGGGCAAAUGUGGAGCCUUCUUCUACCAGAGUGACAAGGAGUUCGACUCGCAAUUCUUGA